AUAUCAAAAUAACUGGAAAUUAUAGUUAUUCUAGAAAUGUGGUGAUAAAAGUAUUUUCACCAAAUUUCAAAGUAUUUACCAUUUUAUAAUUUAAAAACUAUUUUGUAGAACACUAAACACCUCGUUUUACGUUCCCUAUUAGAUUCAAGUACAGUAACAAACAGUAAUUCCAAGUUCCAAGUCCAGGAACGAUCAAUGAAAUAGCGCCUUGAUAUAGCGCGUUUAAUUUCAAAUAUAUCAAAACAAUAGAAGAUAACCUCACAAUUAUUAUUUGGUUAUACAUAUGAAAUAUUGUUAAUUUAUCAUUGUAAUUGAAUUAAGUAUCUUGUAUAUUAUCAUUAGAAUUUUCGAUAAUGUUGGAACGUAAAGACCCAGAGGGAAACCUAUAUGUUUUUAAUGAAGAAGAUUUACCUUACGAAGAGGAAAUUUUGAGAAAUCCUUAUUCAGUAAAACACUGGCAACGUUAUAUAGAUCAUUUAAAAAGUACAAAAAGUAGUAAUUUAAAUAUUGUAUACGAACGAGCGUUAAAGGAACUUCCUGGAAGUUACAAAUUAUGGUAUAAUUAUCUACGUCAACGUGUCAACCAACUGAAAGGAAGGUGCAUAACAGAUCCACUCUAUGAAGAUGUGAACAAUGCAUUUGAACGUGCUUUGGUUUUUAUGCAUAAAAUGCCCAGAAUUUGGAUGGACUACUGUACAUUAAUGACAGAACAAUCUUAUAUUACACGUACUCGUCAAGUUUUUGAUAGAGCACUCAGAGCUCUUCCUAUUACGCAACAUCAUCGUAUAUGGCCAUUAUAUAUUGAAUUUUUGAAAAAACACAAUGUCUAUGAAACUGCGGUUAGAGUUUUUAGAAGAUAUCUUAAGUUAGCUCCAGAAGAUACAGAAGAGUAUAUAGAAUAUCUGAUAUCAAUUGAAAGACUUGAUGAAGCAGCUGUGAAACUUGCACAAAUUGUUAAUCAAGACGAUUUUGUAUCAAAGCAUGGAAAGUCUAAUCAUCAAUUAUGGAAUGAAUUGUGUGAUUUAAUAUCAAAAAAUCCUUCUAAGAUAAAAUCCCUUAAUGUAGAUGCAAUUAUUAGGGGUGGUUUGAGACGCUAUACUGAUCAAUUAGGUCCUCUAUGGAAUUCUUUGGCGGACUAUUAUGUUCGUAGUGGUUUAUUCGAAAGGGCGCGAGACAUUUAUGAAGAGGCAAUACAAACAGUGACUACUGUUAGAGAUUUUACUCAAGUGUUUGAUGCUUAUGCACAAUUUGAAGAACUUAGUCUUAGUAAACGUAUGGAAGAAGCUACAAAAAAUCCUACAGAAGAUGAUGAUAUAGAUUUGGAAUUGAGAUUAGCACGAUUUGAACAUUUAAUGGAAAGACGUUUAUUACUUCUGAAUUCCGUAUUACUCAGACAAAAUCCUCAUAAUGUACAAGAAUGGCAUAAAAGAGUUAGACUUUAUGAAGGACAGCCACAUGAGAUCAUUAAUACAUAUACAGAAGCUGUACAAACUGUGCAACCACAAUUAGCAGUAGGUAAAUUGCAUACUUUAUGGGUUGAAUUUGGUAAAUUUUAUGAAGAAAAUGGUCAAAUAGCAGAUGCCAGAGUUGUUUUUGAAAAAGCAACUCAUGUACCCUAUACUAAAGUCGACGAUCUUGCUUCUGUAUGGUGUGAAUGGGCAGAAAUGGAAAUUAGACAUGGAAAUUAUAAAGAAGCAUUAAAACUUAUGCAUCGAGCUACUGCUAUGCCAUUCCGUAAAGUAGCCUAUCACGAUGAAACAGAAACAGUUCAAAUGAGAUUAUAUAAAUCUUUAAAAGUUUGGUCUAUGUAUGCCGACUUAGAAGAAAGUUUUGGAACAUUCAAGACAUGCAAAGCUGUAUACGACAAAAUUAUAGAUUUAAAAAUCGCCACACCACAAAUUAUUAUUAAUUAUGGACUCUUUUUAGAAGAAAAUAAAUAUUUUGAAGAAGCUUUCAGAGCUUACGAAAAAGGUAUUGCUCUUUUUAAAUGGCCCAAUGUUUAUGAUAUAUGGAAUACAUAUCUUACAAAAUUUUUGAAACGUUAUGGUGGAACAAAAUUAGAAAGAACGCGAGAUUUAUUUGAACAGUGUUUAGAAUUUUGUCCACCAAAAUAUGCCAAAGCUCUGUAUUUAUUGUAUGCAAAAUUAGAAGAAGAACAUGGUUUGGCUAGGCAUGCGAUGUCUGUGUACGAACGAGCAACAGACGCAGUUCUUCCUGAAGAAAGAUUUGAGAUGUUCAACAUUUAUAUUAAAAAAGCAGCAGAUAUAUAUGGUGUUCCGAAAACAAGGCAAAUUUAUGAGAAAGCUAUCGAAGUGCUUAAUGAAGAUAAUACAAGAGAAAUGUGUUUACGAUUUGCAGAAAUGGAGACGAAAUUAGGAGAAGUUGAUAGAGCCCGAGCAAUAUAUGCGCAUUGUAGUCAAAUUUGUGAUCCAAGGGUAGCCUCAAAUUUCUGGCAAAUAUGGAAAGAAUUUGAAGUAAGACAUGGUAAUGAAGAUACUAUGCGUGAAAUGCUCCGAAUUAAGCGCAGCGUACAAGCUAUGUACAAUACUCAAGUGAAUAUGAUGUCUGCACAAAUGUUAAAUAAUGCAUCGAAUCCACCAUCUGAUGUACCAGUAGAUGCAAUGCGUCUUUUGGAUAGUAAAACACAAGAUAACAUUACUGCAUACAAAGACAGUAUUAAAUUUGUUCGUGGUGCAACAGAAAAGGAUGGCAAAGCAGAAUCUCAAGUGAACAAUCCAGAUGAGAUAGAUAUUAAUAUUGAUGAUAUUGACACUGAAGGGGAUGUAGAGGAAGAUAUACCUAUUGAAAAACAAACUAUUCCAUCACAAGUGUUUGGUAGUUUAAAAACAGCUGACGGUGAAGAUGAUUAAGGAAUACAUAAAUUACAAUGCUCGAAAAAUAUGUAAAUAAUAAAAUUCAUAAUAAAAUAUAAGAUUUAUAACUGA